AUGUCGUAUGGAUCAGGUCAGAGGUUGGCAUUUGCCGGGCUGGUGAUUGGAUUCCUGAUGUGUGCCACUGGUGCUAUUGCUCCUUUCUGGCAGCAAGGAAGUAUCAGCAUCAAUGAGAUUAUCAAAAUCACUGGAGAAUCCAUUCCAUUCAUUGGUGACACAAAACUUGCCACUGUCUAUGGUGGACUGUGGUGGUACUGUUUCAGCACUUUUCUGGGCGAAAAGCAGUGCAGACCGUAUAACUUAGACAGUGAUGAUCCUGCACAAACUUGGGUUAUCCGCAUUGCAUGUGUGGUGAAUGUCUUUCUGACACUGGCUUGUGCGCUGACUGCCCUGUGUCGCACAUGCUGCUGCGGUGGUGGCAAAACCGUCUUCCAUGGAAUUAUUGCUUUUCUGGCAGGAGCUGCUGGCCUCACCGUUGUUGGAGUAUUUGCAUCUACAGUCGAAGAUGGCUUUGCUAUGAAACUGAAUUUGGUGCAGUAUGGCUGGGCAUUCUUUAUCUACAUUGCUGGUUCUGCCAUUGUGGUUCUGGUGUCCUUCUUGCUGUGCUUUGCUUCACCAAAUAAUCCACUGACACCCAUGAUAAUCAGUACAGUGAACCAUGUGCUUCCCAACGGCAGAUACACCAGGAUGACCGAUGAGCGUGUGCUGAUUGAACAGCCAGGCAGAGAAACUCAGCUGGCUUACCCACAAGUUCAGAGUUAUUAA